AUGUUGAAGUGGUGGCGCGCGGCCAAUGGCGCACGCAAAUCUUCGGCGGUGACGCCGACUCGCCACAACUAUCACACGAUUCAAGCCGUUCCCCGGGAGAUCUCCGGCCACCGUGUCGCCGUCCUCGAACGAGCUCAUGGUCGGAUUCCAGCCGUCGUAUUUUCCCAAAGCUAUGUCCAGAGAAACCCUAACGACCCGACUUCAAUCGUCGCCACCACCUCGGUUUCUCAGAAACUGCUUCUCAGUACCGAACGGAAGCAAAUUAAGGCCAUCCUCAAGGAUGUAAAGCUCCCGUUCUUCUGCUCCACUACCUUCCCCCUUCAGAUCCGGGCCGGUUCGGGCUCAUCUACUAUACUUGACACCAAAAAGGUUCUUCCGAUCAAGAUACAUAGAGAUGAAGAAGGGAAUAUAUUGAACAUCGUGUUCGUAUGGGCAGAAGAUGGCACUGAGCUGAUGGUGGACGUCCCCAUUCUUUUCAAGGGAGAAGAUGUCUGUCCUGGUCUCAAGAAAGGUAGUGACGACGAAGAUGGGGGAGUUCUGGGUGGCGAAUCCAAAAGGCAACGACUAGUCGAGGAGGUGCGCGAGGGUCUCGUGUCUGCUGGAGAUCCGUCCGCCGCCUGGUCUGGGUUCGAUUAA